AGCACCUAAUGUUUACUAGUCAAUGAUAUCACAAACUUAAAUGCUUUCGUUUUCCGUUCGGGAGUGAUAAUGUAAAUCUUAGCAUUAUUUCCAUUGGUGUUAUUGAAUGUAUUCCCCCAUCAUGUAGCCAAAAUCUAAAGGGAAUAUGGUACCGAACAUAAUAGUACGGGAGAAUUGGGGGGCUAUGGAACCAACGGUACGACGGUACCUCCCAUUGCCCGUGUCAAACGUUGCGGUUCAUCACUGGACCCCUGUUGCCUUUAACAAGAAGAAUCUAUGGGAGCCAUGCACUACCAAAGAGGAAUGCAUGGAGAGAUGCAGAACCAUACAGAAAAUGGCUAUGGAGUGGCCGUACUUUCAUUCUGACAUUGGUUUCAACUUCCUUGUUGGUGGUGACCUCAACGUGUAUGAAGGUAGAGGGUGGAACUCUUUGUUGACGGAAGAUUCGUACUGGGAUGGACUCAAAAUUGGACUCAUUGGUCGUUGGAAUCAGCACAAUCCAGCACCGGACUCUAUGAAGGAGGUUGUUUAUCAGUUGAUUGACUUUGGGAAGAAAAGACAAUAUAUUAAAAAUGAUGCUUACGUGUUUGACACACUGUUUGAAAUAAUUGAUUUUGAGGACUAAGUUUUAAGUGGUAUAAUAGUGAAGGAAUAUUAAAUGUAUAGGGUUUUUACGGUAAGUGAUUAACAGUUAUUCUGGAUUAUAUUCUAGGAUAGCCUUAAGUAAAUUACAAAUGAUUAUAAACUAACAAUUAAAAAUAUUAUUACAUUAAGAAAGUUAUCAAACAUAAGGAAUUAAAAUUAUGUCUGUACAUAUAUACUAUGUAAGUAAGCAUCCGGAAUGCAACAACGAUACUCUGAUAGAGCACUAAAAAGGAGUUUUUCUAAACCCCAGCACAACGUUUGUCAUAUUUUACUAUAAUUUUUAAAAACCCUGAUUAAAUUCCAUAAAAUAAUAAUAAACAAAUAAAAACCCGAGAAAAUUAUGACGUGUACUAAUACAGUAUUCUACUAUUUGUAUAUAUUUUCAAUUUUUAAUGUUUCAUCUCAAUGGACCUACUAAGUUUACGUAGAGCAGUUCCAUUUAUUUUAAAACAAAUAUACACUCCUAUUCAAACACACAAAAUACUCAAUUCAAUUGUCAGUAUAAUAAUUAGUUGUGUAUUAUAUGUUCCAAUUAAUUAAUAAAAAUCUGACGAUUUGUAAAAAUCUUUUUAUAAAUCUACGGUUAUAAAAGUCAAAUAUGACUCACUGAUCACUAGAUCUCAACAACUGCAAGCCAUAACAACUCAGGACUAAGCAUGGAGGCUCCAAACAACCUCUACGAAUCAGUGAUUAAAACAGUAA